CUUUAUUUAUUGUGAUGAUUUAAUCAUUCAUCAUAAUUUUUUAAAAUUAAUUGCAGUACAGUGCACCGGGCUUUUUAAUAUGGGUAUUAAAGAGGCGAAUAUUUAUCUGGAUAAUCAAUUUAAUACGUACUAUGCAGGUCAAACGGUUAAUGGAAGAAUUGAAUAUGUUUUUGAUAGUCCAAAAAAAGUUCGAGGCAUCCAUGUCAAAAUCAAAGGUGAAGCUCACACAGAGUGGUGUGAAAGUAAACAGGAAGAAAAUUCACAGGGAAAAACUGAAUCAACCGAUACUAUGCAUACUGGUAAUGAAGAGUACUUUCAAGUCUCUUAUUACCUCCUUGGAAGCAAUACAGGCAAUGAGAUAGAAAUUCCACCUGGGAAGCAGGUAUACAACUUUACCUGCACAUUACCACCGGUUCUGCCUUCGUCAUUUGAAGGAGAAUUUGGUUAUGUUAGAUACACAGUAAAAGUUACUUUGGAUCGCCCAUGGAAAUUUGAUCAAGAAACUAAAAUGGCAUUUACUGUCAUAAAUGCAUUAGAUCUGAAUCUAAACCCAUCCUACAGGGAACCGAUUCACAUCCAGUUAGAAAAGACAUUUUGUUGUUUCUGUUGUGCCUCACCACCAAUGUCUGUGGACGUGCGAGCUCCUGUGUCAGGUUACUGCCCCGGUCAGACCAUACCAAUAACUGUGGACAUUGAGAACAAAAGCAAUGUGCAGUUGCAUCUUGUCAAGAUUUUUCUGCGUAAGGUAGUUACCUAUCGAGCUACAUCACCAUCGACUGUAACGAAGAAAUCUAAAGCUGUGAUUCUAACAGUCCAAGAAGGUCCAGCACCUGCAAGCACUACAAAACAUUGGAACUUGACAUUGGAAAUACCCCCUAUUCCUCCAUCGAAUCUCGUCAACUGCAAUAUCAUUGAUUUGGAUUAUGAUCUGAAGGUGGAGUGCGUGGUGUCUGGUAUGCAUAUGAACAUGAAAGGCAAGCGGUACGUGACCAUCGGCACGGUGCCGCUCGUGGGGCUACCGGGCGCGGGGCCAGCGUCCGCGGGGCCAAUGUCCACGGGGCCAGCGUCCACACAAGGCGGGGACUCGCCCGCCGUGCUGCCCGUCACGCCGGGAUAUCCGCAACCUUCCGCACCGUCCGCCCCCAACGGUGAGGGCGCUCCGGGAGGAUGGGUGAUGCCGGGCGCGGCCCCGGCGCAGCCCCCGCACCAGUCUCUGUAUCCCACGCUAUCCGAGCCAGUGUACAAGGCUUCGCCUUAUAUCCCGAAAACGAUUCAGGACAGAAACGACUCGAACCACACCAAUAUAAGCGGGACAAACUUCUCUCCAUACUACCCUACGUAUGCAGCGGUCCAACCGCCACCUCUACCUCAAUGAAACACUAAACUGAAUGCAUUCUCAACUACUUUCUGAGCUUUUUGGCAUUUAUAACCAACUAAUUGUAUACAUGUACUAGAUCUUUUCGUAUUAGUAGUAUUAAGAUCUUAUAUCCAUAUUUAUAGAUUUUAUCUUAAAAAAAGACGUAGUGUGUUUAUGUUACUUUGAAGGGAGUAUGAAUUAAAUGAAUUUAUAAAUGUAAAUAUAAUUUUGACAUUACACAUGCAAAGCAAGCAAGCAAAAUGUUAUUUAUGCAUCAAAUCACACAUGUGAGCUGGCAAAAUUAUAUUAUCAGAUUUUUUGCCGUUAUUAUAAUGAAUCUCGCAGUUAUAUUUCCAAAUAGAGUAUUUGACAGUAUUAAAAAUAAAGUUCUUAUUAUUGGCAUCUAUAUUUAGGAUGAAUAUUGGCAGCGGUUUAUACUAUU